GCCCGCCCCAGCCUUUUCUUUUCGAAUGAGGAAAUGCAUAGGAUUUUCGCGAGUAGAUUUUGCAAGUAAAUGUCUGACCGUUUUAGUUAAUAAAACUACAGCGAUUCGAUUCCAUAAAGACGGGCGGUCUCAUAAAUUCAUUUUAAAUGGUGGAUUACUCUUUUCCAAGUUCCACAUGGAAUAAGUGACAUCUGGAGGAUGCGAGAAUGGACAGAGUACAGCAGAGAGGAAAAUGGAAGAAAAAAACUAGCUUUUAUAUUCUCUGUUUUGUGUUCUGUCUGCCAAUGUGUACUGCUAUGGCUAUACUGGAAACUCCACAAGACAGUCACCAUAACCAAUCAGAGCCUUGCAAAGAAGACGAGUUUAAGAGUCAGAUCACUGGAUACUGCUGUAACAAGUGUCAUCCAGGGUUUAAGCUGGAGGCUGAAUGUCGUGGACAAGGCAUGAGCAGUACCUGCAGUAAAUGCCCACCGGAGACUUACCAGAAGCAGAGCAACUAUGCUAGGACAUGCUCCCGCUGUAGAAAGUGCAAAACCGACAGCUUUGAGGUGGAGUUGUCCACGUGCCAAAAUGUCAAAGACAGAGAGUGCGGCUGUAAACACAAGUACUACAUGGAGACAAUCGGCAUCAACACCCAACAGUGCCGAGCAUGCAAAACUUGCGGAAGUGGAGAGAGAUUAAAAAGACAUUGCACACCGACCAGCAAUGCAGAAUGUGAAUGCGAGCCUCACCACUAUCGCUCAGAUGGUGUCUGUGUGAAAUGUGAGAGGUCUACUGACCAUGAAGACUGCCAAGAACUGCAUCAGCCCACCACACCAGCAGUCGAUCCCUCGGGCAGACCUGCCCCAGAUUCCCUUACCCCCUGGUUCCUGGCUGUGGGUGUGGCUUGUCUUAUUGCUGCCUUUGCCGUAAUAACUGGGUUUAUGAUAUGUGGCAACCGCACGAAGCAUGAGAAACCCCCAGAAUCUGCUACGGUCGAGACCGUUUGUUCAGAGACUUUGCUUCCCAGUGCUCCUGCCCAGAAAGAUUUGUGCAGGCAGGAAAGUCAUUCCAUUCCAGCUCUGUACCAGAUCUACAGCACUGAUUCGAGGAAUCUACAGGCUCAACUGCCGGAUUGUGUCCCCAAGGAGAUCAAAACUUCUCACUUCAUCUACUUUGCGCUGGACCACAUCCCCGCGGCCCGUUUCAAGGAGCUGGUCAGGCGGUUGGGUGUGUUGGAGAGGGAAAUUGAGAGGGCGGAGAGGGACAACCACACCUUUCAGGAGAGCCAGUACCAGAUGCUGAAGGUGUGGGCGGAGAAGGGCGGCGGUGAAGGGAGAGGGAUUCUCUCCUCCUGCAUGUUACAGGAGCUAGUGGAAACACUGAGAACGAUGGGACUAGCAGGAUGUGCAGAGGUUAUAGAGAUGAAAUUCCCCAUCCAGUAGAGACAGAUGCACACAGAGACACACGCAUAGAGACUCACACACGCAUAAACACACAGCGAUUCAUGC